CCAUGGGGAUUCGACUUUGUACUGAAGAUCAUAUAAUUUUGGUUACAGUCGCAGAUGUUGAAGAAAUCAUAGAUUGGCAUGAACUGGAGAAGGUGGACGAGAAGGAGAAGGAGAUAGUGGAGAAGGGUGAUGUGGAAAAGAAGGAAGUUCUGCAGGUGGUGGAUGAGAACUGGAUGCUAGACGAAGAAGUGGGAAAGAAGAAAGAGACGUUUGUGGUGGAAGAGGGGAAGGAACAGGGAAGCAUGGUAGUCAAGAAAGUUUCACAGAAAGAUAAAAAAGCAAUAAAGGCAUCUAUAAAGCUCCAGGCCUGGUGGCGUGGCACUCUGGUACGUCGGACACUGCUGCACGCAGCCCUCAGGGCCUGGGUCAUCCAGUGCUGGUGGAGGCUGACAAUGGACAGGCUGCUGCAGAAGAAGCGGAGGGAAGCCCUGGUCGCCUACGCGCAUGCAGAAAGGGCAGUGGUCAAGCUCCAGUCUCUGAUCCGCAUGUGGCGCAUCUGCUGGCGAUACAGUGAGGUGCGCGAUGCCAUCUACAUUAUCCAGUGCCACUGGCAGUGCCACAGCUGCCAGACCUGUGCCUUCCUCCGGAGUCACUGUGUAGUCACAGACACUCACUUAGAGUUCCACAUUGAGAUCACCAAGCCCUAAGUGCCGGCGAGAACUGGCACAGUGGCCUCAGUAAAAAUCGAACCUUG